UCUCUCUUUGCAGGAUGCGCUCCGAAGGCUUGGAUGUGCGGGUCGACCGCAGUAUGACACAUACGACGAAGCAUUAUCAUUACCUCCGCGCUUCAGGACUACCUGAGCUUGCUCAACCGUCACCUGUCUCUUAUCGAGUCUCUAUCCGAGUUAGCCAACAACUUCAGCACGGAAAUUGUCUUGAGCACGAUCAAAUCCUGAUGAGGCUCCGAGAUACACCUAUCUUUGGUUUCUCGCAAAUGCUCCGCUCACUGUGUUUGAGCGUACGGUGCCGGUGUCUAUUAUCAGGAUGACGAUGUCGAGGCCAGUAAUUUUGGGCAUCGUCGAAUAUGCAUCUGGAAAACCUGUCACCGACUUUAUUCCCUCACAGAGACAAUGCCGCUUCACCGUUAAUCUUUUACUUAUCCACUGUGCUGCGGACAACAGGACAGACGGAUUCCUUAACGUUAAGGUCAUGGCAGACAUAUCGGUUCAUCUUGACCAUUCGCAGGACGAAGGAUUGAAGGAGAUGUUGAAAGAGGGUAUUGGCUAGUUCCACGAAGCCAUGGAUAAAGAGGACAAGCGGAUCGUCCAACGUCUGUUUGAG